AUGCCACCUGCUCCCCAGGAGCAAGGAGGCCUCCGGGCCCAGCUGCCCCAGGUGGGCACCCAGAACCUGGUGUUACCUCAGCUCACGUAUGGUCAGGGACGGCCCCUUGUGGUGAGCUCAGGACAUGAAAAGCCCAUCGAGACACGAAGGGACACCAAAGACAGAGGUCACCGCGGCCACAGUCAUGCCUGCAGCUGGUUUGUGCCCCACGUCUGCUUCCACCUGCGGCCUGAGUCUGAUGUGCCUGCGGGCAGAGGCUGCGAGAGGCCGCACAAGGCCUGGUGGAGAAGUGCUGAUGAGGGCGGCCUGAGGGCCCAAGGCCAGGCCCGGGGCGGCCCGGCCAACAGCCUCCACGCGGAGACCUGCGGCGCCCGGACCGCGAGAGGGACCCCAGCGCAGGCAGAAGCAGUGGAGGCCCGCGCCCCGCCGCCCUGCACUGGGGCCCCGCACGAGAUCCGGGUCACCAGCGAGGUGCGCGUGGCAGGGGCCUGGCCUGCGGGGGAAGGGCUGGUUCCAGACGCAGUCGCCACCCUGUCUCCUGGCCACUUCCUGCUCUUCCUGCCUGAAUGCAGAAGCGACGUCUGGCCGCUGGUGGCCGUCCGGUGA